AUGGCGCAGAUCUUGGUUCUCAUGCAUCCUCUCAUUACGCGAGAGGUCUCUGCUCCAUGCCAUAUCUUCGAUCACUGGGUCUGCGCAGUGUGGAGCUGAGUGAUGAGUUCUACUCGACGAUGGCUUCUGAGGCAUCAAAAUCAAAGAUCCAGACGCUAAGUAUGUGGAAAGUUUCCAUAACUCCAUGUCGACUACACUCCAUUCUCUCGCUACCACGCCUCCAGUCACUCAGCUUGACGGAUAUGAGACCAGUUGACAUGGACGAUGGAGAGACACUGACUCGUCAAGUUACCUCUGAGUCAGUAGAUGAGCUAUCUGUGGAUGUUAUGGAUGUGACCAGUCUGUGGAACGGUGGACUUCAUACAUCAUGUCCCCGAGUGAAAACUCUCAAGCUGGAAUGGUCGAAAAAGGAGAAUGUCUCACCAGAUACCAUCACAAUGGCCUGCUCUCCAUUCCAUUAUCUAACUCACCUUCACAUCAAGGGAUUCCUGCUAUCGUCUACUACACUGAAUGAUCCAGUGUCAUUCUGCAAGGCGGUGAUAACAUCAUGUCCCCUACUCACCAAGCUGUCCAUUACCAGCAUUGACCUGUACACCAAGAAAGCAGCUGAGAUCAUCAAACGCAUGAAGACUCAUCCACACCUGACAAACAUAGAGUUGGAGAGGUGUUGUACCGACACGGAUCUGGAUCCACUGAUUUCUGAGGUAAACAGUGAAGGCAAGCUGACUGUCACCGUGAAGCAUGGUGGGUUUUUGAGGUCGUGAAGAUAACGCUUAAGUACUACGUGGUUUGACCGUCAAGCAACAACGUAUCAACGUCAGAAGAUGACCCUCAUCAGAACACGUGAUGACAGCAGACUAAUGCAGACUUCAAAAUUAAACUUGUCGAGUGUGGCGGUAACCAGACUACACGAAUAUCUAAUAAUACUAAUCGAAGUAUAUCUAAAGUUCAAUUGCAUGAAAUAUAGUAUCAUAAACAUAUUACUGAAUAUAUCCUGUCUCGAUAUUUUUUAUUGAUAUCUUUUUAAUUUGUUGACGCAUAUGAAGAAGGUCGAUUUAUUUUCGGGGCGAGUUUUUAAUUCUCUACAGCCUCUUCAAAAGUACGUUGACCUUGACAAAGCAUUUGUGUUUUUUGUUUAAUACUGCAAGCACAUCAUAUUAUAUCCUAAUAAAGAGAGAAAGAGAUUGGAUUAGAGUUGACGUAAUUUGAAUCAAUCAUUAUUUAUGUCUAUAUCUUGAACUACAUGCGAUGUAAAGACAAUACUUCAUUACAGUGUUGUUUAUGGUUGUUAGCCUAAGAGUCUGUCGCGCUUCAUGAAGAAGUUUGAUGAAAACACAAUGUUGUAAAUUAUGAUUAUAUUGUGCAGAGUAUGGGUAUGGCUAAAAUGUGACAAGA